AGCCACUGUAACUGCGGUACUGCGGCUACCGUUAUGUAGUAACUUAUCCGUUAGGGUACGGUUACUGUGUGGUGUGUAAAUUAGUCGAUGUUGUAACUGUUUCCCCAAUUUCGCUUCCCCCUCCUUGCUUAGUUUGUAAGUUUGUAGUUACACGUUUGGAAUGCGUAGCGUUGACGUUUUGUCGAAUUUGAUGUGUCGGACUUCGACACUUAUUAGCUAAGCGCGAAGAUGACUUCUAGUUCAAGCGUGAGGGAACUACCGCCAGGCGAUCCCAAAUUAACAGCAAGCAUUGUAAGCCACUUGAAAUCCCGUGGCCUUUUUGAUAAAUUACGGCGAGAUUGCCUUGGCGAUGUCGAUACAAAGCCUGCUUACUUGAACCUGAAGCAAAGGAUCGAAGGCUACAUCACGAAGUUCCUGUCGACGCAAACAUGGACUCCUGACAUGAACAAAAACCAUGUUCGAGACAUGAUGCGCAGGGAAAUAAACGAGUCGGGCAUGCUGUCAGCAGGUAUGGACCAUCUGGUCGACCAGAUAGUAAAUCCCAAAAUAUACCAUGUGUUCACGCCAGAGGUGGAGAACGGCGUGCGUCAGUAUCUCGGUUUGAGUUCGGAGAAGGACUCCUCAACCCAUCAGCUGGCGGCCGAGACUCUUACUGACUGCAUCAGCCAGCCACCACCACCUCAAACGCCGGCCUUACCACCACCGCCGCCAAAGUCUGAAUUCAGUAUAGAUGAGACAACACAGGAUGUCCCUGGCAGCUGCUCUCCUAAACCAUACACAGAAGCUUUGAUGCCCGAUGGCCUAAUGGACUCGUCAUCUGAACAUCAGCUCAUGAUUGUGACGGAGAGCAAUGAGCACACUGAAGAUAUUUCUGCUGAGCUGCCAGUUGAGAAAGCUGAUAGCUAUGAUUUCUGUGAAACUUCAGCAGAACCUGUUGAUCCAGCUCCAAAUGAGGCAUCUUCUGAACUGCCCACUCCAGUAGACGCUUUGGAGUCGGACUUGCCAACCGUCAGUCAGGGUGGAAGUGCAGAUGACAGGCCUGUCACCGAAGAUGUAGAGCUUUCUGCAUCAUUGGAUGACAUGAAGCCCGACUCAUUGAAGAACGAAACUACUGUAAAUGAAUUUGACAGGAAGGCUAACGAUAAAAUAGCUGACAUGACAAAGAUGGAGGUGAAGCCGACGGACAAAGACAAGAAAGAACGAAAGGUGGACUCUGUGAAAGGCAAAGCAUCCUGCUCACAUUCAAGUAGAUCAGAGUCACAUUCAAGAAGUUAUAUGUCAAAAAAGAACUCUGAUGUAAGCAGGUCAAAAACGCAGAAGUCGAAUAAAUGUGAUGGCGAUUCCAGUAGAGAAAGCAGAGAUAUGCUGAAAGAAAAAGACAAAUACAGCACAUCUCGGGACAGAGGAAACUCUUCAAGAGAGGAAACCCAAAGGAACAGGGCAGAUGUAACAAAAGAUGAGAGAAGCAAAGGAUACUCGAGCCAGUCCAGUAGAUCAAAGGAUAGUGAGAGUAGGAAUGAGCGAAAGCGGUCAGAUGAUAAACACCGCCAUUACAGUAGUAGCCAACGCCAUGAUGACAGAAAACGACACAGUGACAGGCAUUCUCGAGAAGAUAAGUCUAGGGAUCAUUCAGACAGUCACAGGUCACACAGUGAGAGCAAAAGAGAGAAAGACCGUUCUUCCACAAAAGAUUCAUCCAAGCAGCACAAAUCAAGUAAGUCAUCUGAGAAACAUGGUGAAAGUUCUCGAAAAGAGAAAAGUAAUGAAAAGGAAAAAAGGCAAGCAUACAAUAGGCAAAGCUCAUUUGACAGCAAAGAUGGCGGAACUUCAAAAAAGAUGUCAUCUGAAAAGGUUCUGCAACCUAUAUCUUGCAAUUUAUUCCAAGCAACUGAUGAUGCAUCAUUCCAUAUGGAUAUGCAAGAAACUUUCAGAUCAGAGCCUCCUGAACUGAAUGCCAAUCCUUGUGGUUCAUCACAGCAAGACUAUGAAAAUGUUUGUCAAGAUUCUCCCUUGGCAAUGGUUGAGCACGUUUCGCAAGACAAGUCAGAGGAAAAUAUUUCAUGUUGUGCCAAUCGAACGGAAACAGAAGUUAGUGAGAGUAUGUCUGGUGAAAAUUUUCAAGAAACCUCAUCAAAGGCUUAUGAUGAAAGUUCUCGUGGUGCAUUACAGCUAGUUGAAGCAAAAGAAGCUGAGAUCUUGAGGUUUUCUUAUGUCAGUGACAAGCAGUUGGGUAGCAGUGAAGCUGACUUGCAGCUAGUGAGCACCAUCACUGAGAAACAAGCUGAAGGCAUGCAGAAUGAGAAGCCUACUCCAGAUAAUGAAGUGCACAUGGAGAACAGUGACCAAGCAAGCAGUUCCAGCUUUGCAGUGCCACUUGAUGAGGAGAAAAGGCCCACAGUGGAAGAUGGACAUGAAUCAUCGAGGCGAAAGACUAUCACUGAAAAGCAUUCACCAGAGAAAAAGCGACCAAGGCGAGAAGCUUCUGAUGGCCAUGAAUCAGAUGGUGCCUGGUCCGAUGUGACUGUCAGCUCGGUGCACACCAGCGAUCUGUCUUCCUAUGACGACUGCAUCAGUGUGUCUUCAGGCGAUGAGGAUGGCCGUCCUGCAUCUAGGGAGAAAAAAAAGAUACCACUAAAAGAAAUUAAGAAAAUCACAAGCAGCAGUAAUGAGGAUGAUGACCGCAUGAGCAGAUCUGAAACAGAGCAUUGUGUGUCUGAUGGAGUUGUGCCUCUACCUGCUUCUGUAGAACAGGUUACAGAGCACCGGGAACCCACACCAGCCAUGGAGUCCCAGCCACCUUGCCCAGUAGCUUAUGAGAGCAGCAGCACUGGCAGGGGACUCUCGAACUCUCCCUCCACUGAUGUUUCUGAUGGAACAGCCAAGCCGAAGAUGGGGCUCAGGCGGACCCGCAAGAUUAACCCAAAGUAUGUUUCAGAAGAAUUCUCAUCCAUUUUCACGGAAGGCAAGCGGCCAGCAGGAACCAUAGACUUCAGCGAACUUGCGAAGUAUGGCAAGGAAAAACACCAUGAGGAGCGGUCUUCAUUACGAACAGAGCCUCGCAAGGUCACUUCACGGGAAGAUGCCUCAGAGGACACAGCGGCUGCAGCCAUGUCAUGUGACGAGACUGGCCAGCUUUCAGAUGCAUCAGUUAAUGAUAGAUCACGGCGGCCUGCGCGACGACCAAGUGGCAGUGAACCACGGGCUAGGUCAGAAUCUGUGUCAUCAAAGUGCUACCAAUCUUCCGACCUGUACAAACCACGGCCAGUUAUCAAGCCAGGAACUCGUCGUAGUCGGCCUUCGUCAAGUGGAGUGGAGACGUCCAAGAAACAGCGGGGCCUCAAAGUAUGCAUCGGGAUCAAACGGGGUAGGGCCUCAACAGCUGGCUCCUCCAGGCGAAAAAGGUUGUGAAGUCCCAAGCCAUUGCUGUGGUGCAUGCACCACUCCCUUCACUCAAGGUCACUGUGAAUGCCCUUACAGGUCUGGUGGCAUUAUCACGUAAGAGCCCAAAACUUCAUGUCUGUACAUCUGUACAUAACUGCACACUCAAAUCAUGUGCCUCCGACAUUUUAUUUAAUAAAGACACUGGAUUUACAAAAAUUGCGGUGGUGGAGUAACCUGCCACAAUGGAUGACACCCGUAAACAAAGGCAACGCUGUGAGCAUUUUGUGAAAAUAAAAGGCCACCUGUC